AUGAAGUCGGAAGAGGAGAACGGGGAGAUGGAGAGACGCAGUGCGGCAGCAAGCUUUAGUGGCGGCUGCCUGCACCAACGGCCGGCUGCCUUCCCCACUCCGCACUUCAUUCUACUCGCUCCCGACCGCAAGCCGCACCUCGGCGAUCCCCUCGUGCUCUCCGACGCCGUCGCCGGCGGCCACGGCCGCCGCCUCAGCAUCUCCCGCCGAAUCGACGACGCUGAGCUUAACAUCUUCGACGCCGAGCGGUACUUCCGUGAAGGCGACGAGGCCGCCUCCAAGCGGACCUUCGUCGUCGAUGAGGCGCUCCGAAGGUGCGACCUUUCCGAAGGAUUGAAUGGCCGGGGUUCGCCGUGCCAGACGGCGCCCACCGAGUCGUCGGAAGCCAGCUGGAACAGUAAAUCUGGACUUCUCCCCCACCGAGCUGGUAGGCUUCGGUCGUCAGGAAAGCGAGUGGUCUUCGGGCGUAGCUGCCCUUGCUCCGGCAAGAAAUCCGUCGACGUGGAGGAGAAGAAGCAUUCGACCCCAAUUCGACCGUUGAAUGCCUCGUUCGAUGCGAAAAAACAGAGCUUUCGAGCAGGAGAGGUGGGACUCGAUACCAUCCCAGAGAGGUCGCCGGCCGAUGAGUUCAACAACGAAUUAGACCUUUCCUGCGGAGUGGUGAAGAUGAAGAUAACUCCCGGAAAUUGGGGUAAAGAUCGAAGCUUUUUCAAUGUAGCCAGCCGUUUCUCGCCGGAAAAGACCUUUCCUGCUGAAAUCAGUCACCGGAUAAUGAACUCCGGCGGGCACUUCGCCGACGUCCCCGGUUUCUCCUUCCCGGUCCUUAGCCCUCCCGACGUCGCCGGAGAGUCACCGCGCGAUUCGCUGGAGGUAUUCCGGAGUACGGCAAAGACUUCUGAGUUAGCGCAACCGCGGCCAGAGGAGGACGCGGCGAGCGACACGAGCUCGGACCUGUUCGAGAUCGAGAGCCUCUCGACCUGCCGCCGUCGCGACUCCCUCGACGAGCUCGAAGGGCGUCGAUUCAUCGGGAGAGGCGCGGCGGUGGAUAUCCUCCAGAUACAGCGCCGGAGCCUCGAGAGGGCUGCCACUCCGUCCGUCGCCCCGAGGGAAGCGAGCGUCGCCACCGCGGAAGGCUUCGACCGCAAAAUUUCCAUCGCCGCCUCGGACCACGGAGAGUCUCGCUGUAUCGAGGAGGAACAUGACCUGUUCACGGAGGCCGUGGAUGGCGCCCGGCGGAAGGCCGGCGGGCUCCUGAACUGCCGUAGCUAG